UCUGCGACUCAUACAAAUGCAAGGGAUGAAGGUUAAUGCACUGACAAAUAACAGGACUUCCAGACCCUCCAAAUCAGUCUCAAGCCGGUGUCAAAUACAUUUGCAAACUUCUAUGUUAUGCAUUUCAAUGUCACCAUUUUCUCUGUACUCUGUUUCUUGUAGUUUGCCACUGCUAAGACUGGUGUGUCUUUGUGCAGUGCUGGGAUACUGCUCCAUGGUUGCCGAUCUGAGUGACUGUGAAACGGUGGGAAGUAAAUGCCACACCCAUGCCGAGUGCCUCAAGGCUAAAGGCAAUAGCUUUGUAUGUGUGUGUCGGUUUGGCUACCAUGGAGACGGACUACUGUGUGUGGACAUUGACGAGUGUGUUACCGGCCUCCAUGGCUGCCACCCAAAGGCCCGCUGCUUCAACACACUGGGCAGCUACAGCUGUGUGUGUCUGGAUGGCUACUUCGGCGACGGAGUCCAAUGUGAGGAUGUCAACGAAUGCCAGACGAAGAACGGCGGCUGCCACCCCAGUGCCCUCUGUACGAAUAGAGAAGGAGGGCGAGACUGCAAGUGCAAGGGAGGCUUCAAUGGCAAUGGGUUUCAGUGCACGGACAUUGACGAAUGCACAAACAGUGGCAUCUGCCAUUGGAAUGCCACCUGUAUUAACAACCCUGGCUCCUAUGUGUGCACCUGUAACUCAGGCUAUAAGGGCAAUGGGAACUACCUGUGUCUGGAUUUAGAUGAGUGUUCAGAGACUCCCGGUGUAUGCUCGGCCUCCUUUGGCUACAAAGGCUGUAAGAACCUGCCGGGAUCGUACCAAUGCACCUGUAGUAUUGGUUACCAGAGCAAUGGGCAAACCUGUGAGGACAUUGAUGAGUGUGCUGGUAACAUCUGUAGUUUCUAUGCUGACUGUGUCAACACGCUGGGCUCGUACCGCUGCGCCUGCUUCGAUGGAUUCAUUGGGAAUGGGCUGGCAUGUAGGGACAUCAAUGAGUGUAAUGGGGAGAAUACAUGUGACCCCAACGCUGCCUGUGUCAAUGUGCUGGGCAGCUAUGACUGCUCCUGCCGCACCGGAUAUCUAGGGGAUGGAAGGAAGUGCACCGACAUCGAUGAGUGCGCCACCCUUAAUAUCUGCCCUGCUUCGGCCGCGUGCGUCAACACCAAGGGGUCGUUCUACUGCGACUGCGGCACGGGCUACACCUUUAACGACUCCAAGUGUAUGGACCUGGAUGAGUGUACCAUCGGGCGCUGUAGCCCCUUCUCCACCUGUGCCAACUUCCCGGGCUCCUUCACCUGUGAGUGCAGGGCAGGGUACAGGGGCAACGGCAUCACCUGCGAGGACUUGGACGAGUGCUCCUUGGCACAGCAGUGCCACUCCAAUGCCCUCUGCACCAACCUUGCGGGCACGUUCAACUGCCAAUGCCAGGUAGGCUACUCCGGGGAUGGGGCGAUCCAGUGUGCGGACGUGAACGAGUGUCUGGUGGACAACGGAGGCUGCCAGAAUAAAGCCACCUGCGUCAAUAGUAAAGGUUCCUUCUCCUGUCUGUGUCCGCCUGGGUUCAACCUGGUCAACCGCACCACAUGCCAGGAUAUAGACGAGUGCCAGGCCAUGGAGAAGCCAUGCCACCUCAAUGAACGCUGCUCAAACACUGAGGGGGCGUAUGAGUGCCCCUGCCGGGUGGGCUUCGCCCGCCCCACAGCGACCAAGGCCUGUACGGAUAUCGACGAGUGCAAAGUCAACAACCCCUGCCACGUCAACGCCACAUGUUUGAACACAGUGGGCUCCCAUACCUGUACGUGUAAGCACGGAUUCAUAGGCAACGGCUCCAGGUGUGAGGAUGUGAACGAGUGUGCUGAAGAAGGCACAUGCCACUCACGGGCACUGUGUGCCAACAUACCCGGGGAUUUCUCCUGCUCCUGCCAGCAGGGCUUCUUUGGGGAUGGCUUCCGGUGCCAGGAUGUGGAUGAGUGUGCCCUUUCCAACGCCACCACCUGUCCCCCCAUCUCAAAGUGUGUCAACUCCCCCGGAGCCUACGUCUGCUCCUGUAUGAAUGGCACAGUGGCCUAUAAUGACACCUGUGUGGCCCCCAGUCCCCGGUGUGCCCCUGCCUGCCACCGUCAUGGGCUCUGCCACCGCUCGCCCACUGGCUUCCAGUGUGUGUGUGACCUAGGCUUUGAGGGGGAUGGACUCGCCUGUUCGGAUAUAGAUGAGUGUCAGAAAAAUGUGUGCCCUCAGAAUGAGACAAAGUGUGUGAAUAUCCCAGGCUCUUUUUCCUGUCUCUGCAAAGUGGGCUACAGACAGAACGGGACCAACUGCGUUGAUGUGGAUGAGUGUGUGUCUGGAGACAAGGAGUGCAGUGAGUUUGCCCAGUGUGUGAACACAGUAGGGAGUCACCUCUGUUUCUGUCUCAGUGGCUUCACUGGCGAUGGGAAGAACUGUUCUGACAUUGAUGAGUGCCAAAACCAAAAUGGAGGAUGCCACCCCAUUGCCAGCUGCUCAAACACUGCCGGAUCACACAACUGUAUCUGCCCGUCUGGCACUGAGGGCACUGGCAUUGAGUGUCAGGAUGUUGACGAGUGUGCCGACAACUCCACCAAGCCCCACAACUGCAGCCGCCUGGCCCAAUGCAACAACACGGACGGCUCCUACCUCUGUCUGUGCCAGGAGGGGUACCAGGGGGACGGGUUCGUCUGUGAGGACGUGGACGAGUGUCUCUCACCCUCCACCUGUGGGAGGAACUUGACAUGCCACAACACCCCCGGGGGGUACAACUGCACCUGCAUUCUGGGACUAGCCUACGAAGCAGGCACGUGUGUGAGCGUGGAGAACUGCCUGAACGCCAGCCGGGCGUGCCACCCUCACGCAGCGUGCCACCCCACCAAGGGCUCCUUCUACUGCCACUGCCAGGGUGGUUUCUAUGGCAAUGGGGUGGCCUGCUGGGAUGUGAAUGAGUGUAGCCUAUCGGGGUGGGAGUACUGCCCGGAGUUCUCCUACUGCUUCAACACAGAAGGCUCCUAUACGUGUGACUGUUGGGAUGGUUACCAGGACAAUGGGACACACUGCAUGGAUGUGGAUGAGUGUGAGGCGGGGAACUACACCUGUCCUGACAACAGCACCUGUACCAACACAGAGGGCAGCUAUCGCUGCCGCUGUGAUCUAGGCUUCCUGGCUAGUAACAACUCUCAGUGUCUGGAUCUUGACGAGUGUGUCUUGGGGCUGGCGCGAUGCCCGAAUAGCUCAGAUUGCCAGAACACACCUGGCUCCUUUGUCUGUAACUGCUGGGACGGUUACCAGGGCAAUGGCACAGGCUGCCAGGAUAUCGACGAAUGCCUGGACAACUCCACCUGUCUUGAGAACAGCACCUGCGUCAACACCUAUGGCAGCUUCCUGUGUCCCUGUAACGUAGGAUUCCUCAGUAUAAAUGAUCGGUGUGAGGAUAUCGAGGACUGUUCGGACCCCGACCUCGGGCCGCUUUGUAUCAACGGAACAUGCAUGAACACCAUUGGUUCAUUCUUCUGCUUAUGCUACGUGGGCUUCUGGAGCAACGAUACUGAGUGUGUGGAUGUGGAUGAGUGUUCUGAGGUGUAUUCCAACUCCUCUACCUCGGUCUCUGUCUGCCAGCCCUCCUCCACCUGUAUCAACCUCCCUGGCUCCUAUCAGUGUCCCUGUAAUAGUGGCUUCCUCCUGAACGGCACAGAUUGCCAGGAUGUAGACGAGUGUAGCGACCCGGAGGGCGCCCCCUGCCCUGAUCACUCCGUGUGCAAAAACACUAUUGGCUCCCUCCUUUGUCCCUGUCUGGACGGGUAUGAGCCAGGGGCACAAGGCAAUGACACGGUGUGCGGGGAUAUUGACGAGUGCCUCUUUAAUACCACAUGUCGCGUUGACCAGGUGUGCACUAACUUGCCCGGGACGUACCACUGUGACUGUCCCGGGGGGUACCAUGAGGAUGUGGGAGCGUGUGUGGAUACGGAUGAAUGUGGGAAUAGUAAGGGUGCCGAGGUGUGUCACCCCUCGGCGCGCUGUUGGAACACUCCAGGCUCCUACACAUGCCUCUGCUCCCAGGGCCACGCGGGCAACGGCACCUGGUGCGAGGACGUGGAUGAGUGCUCCGUCCUGAAGGCACCCUGUCACAAACGCGCCCUCUGCUAUAACACGCCCGGGUCAUUCCUGUGUGUGUGCCACCCAGGACUCCUGGGCAUCGGGGCCCUGUGUGUGGACCUGGACGAGUGCCAACAGAACAAUGGAGGAUGCCACUCUGCUGCCACCUGUUCUAACUCUGCGGGGGGGUUCCAAUGCCACUGUGCCAGUGGCUGGGAUACCAGGGGGGAGAGAGGGGGGCAUGGGGACAGAGGGUGUGUUGACCAGGACGAGUGUGUGUCGCCCUCGGCAUGCCCCGCCCACACGUCCUGUAGAAACUACCCAGGGUCCUUCAACUGCUCCUGUGCCUCUAACAACACUGUUUGUAUUGAGCUGGCUAAGGAGAGUGAUUUGUACCCGUUUGGUGAUGAGGUGGGAGAUAUAGGAGUGUGGUUGGACACAAAAGAUGGGAACUCUCCUUACAUCACACCACCUCUGGGUUUCCCCUUCAUAGGCAAGUUGUAUGAUCGGGUCUAUUUCUCAGAUAAUGGACUCAUUCAGUUCCAGUCUAUCAGUCAGAAUGAGCAGUUCCUGCUUCCUGUCCCUUUCCCUACGGGUUUCCAUGGCAACGAGGGCAUGGCAAUGCUGGCCGUGUUCUGGGACGAUGCUGACCUCACCCUCGGGGAGGGGAAGCUGUUCUAUCAGGAAUUCCACAAACUGAAUUUGUCAGAUAGAUAUUCCCAAAUUGUCUUCAGCCGUACAGCGGACGAUGUGACGCGGUUUGAGGAACGGAACAACAAACCUGCGUUCACCCCAGCCUGGAUUCUAAAGAUCACUUGGGAUCAUGUGAUGGCUGUCUCCUAUCAGAAAAUCAACUACUCUGAGGCUAACACCUUCCAGUGCAUCCUGACUACGGACGGGGAGCGCUCCUUUGCCCUGCUACGCUUCGGGGAAAUGUACUGGGGUCCUGGCCAGAGGAUCCACCAUGACGCCCUCACUGGCUACACCGACGGUGGAGCCCACUUUUUCAACGAGACCACGGAUCCAACAAAUCUGUUUGGCCCAGGGGGGCGGUAUAGACCUCAGGAGGUGAAGGGGAACACAGGUCAGCUGGGUCAGCUGGUGUAUGACCUGACAGGGCCCGCAGAGCGCGAACAGGACCCGAAGAUGAGGUGCCAGGUGUGGGCCCUAAAGGAGCCCGAGCCGAAGGAGUGGGCCAAGGGGGUGUCCUCGUGCCCCUGUACCCGCGCCCAAGCACUGGAGGACUUGGCCUUCGGGCCUGAGACCCUGCCCCCCAACCAGCAGGAUCGGGUACGGGUGACGGAGCUACGGGGGCUGCGCUGGGGGGGCAGUGGGGGUCACGUAUUCCAGUCCAUCCUGUCCAAUCGGCACGGCUCAGGGAAGAGAUGUGUGUAUGACCCACAAGGUCCCCUGUUGGCUGGAUACAGUGAGCGCUACUUCUCUGGAGCCACUGCACAGAAACACAUAGAUGAGGAUCUCCUUCCGUUCCAGUGGUGUUGUAUCCAGUCUCCUCUGUGCCACCUCUAUCUGGCCAAGAGACCCCUGGACCGUUGCCAAGGUUACGGCUGGGUGAGCCCCGACUGCUGCAUAACCGCGGCCAAGGCAACACAGGGCAUUGGCAUGGUGUACGGCAGCCUUCAUUUCAUCACCUUCGAUGGGACUGAGUACUCCUUCAAGGCCCUCGGCGAGUUUGUCAUUGUGCGCCUCUCCUCCUACACGGGCUCCAAUAUCUUCACGCUGCAGGGUGAGACGUGCGAGCUGAAGACGGACGGACAGGCUAGACGGGUCCCCACGGUGGUGAGGAUGGCUGCUUUUCACCAGGGCAUCGGCAAGGUUGAGUGGCGGUGUGCAGAGUCAGGAGAGGGACUGGAGGUCCUGGUGGAUAAUGUGAAGGUCCCAGUCUUUGUCGGUGUGGUGCACAUGGGCAAGGAGGGUUUUGCGGUGCGCUGUACUUCGGCCAGUAGCUGUGCGGCAGUGUACGCCGGGGGGCUCCACGUGGUGGUGUGGAGGGUGGGUGGAGGUGGUGGUGCACAGCAGUUGGCCGCCCUGGUGGAGGUCCCCCAGACCUUCUACAACCGCACAGUGGGCCUCCUGGGCUUCUGGAGCUCCAACCGCACCGAUGACUUCCUGCAGUCUGACGGGAAGCUGAUGAUCUCCCCCAAGAGCAACCCUCCCCUGGAGGAGAGCCUGCGCCAAUUUGGCCUGUCCUGGGCUGUGCCCGUUCCAGAGAGCCUGCUCUUCUCCAUCCCACCCACUGGUCGGUUUACUCCAGCCUCGACAGAGGAGCUGAUGUCAGUGAGUCCAGCUGUACAAGACAGACUGAGGAGGACAUGUCAGGGCAAUUUGCAGUGUGUUCAUGACAUCCUGGCUUCUAACGACACUGGACUGGGUUUGCAGAGUCUGGAGUCCCAGGAGCUGUACCACAAGCUGGCUACGGUGUUUGGGAACAUGCCUCCCAUAGUGACUGAGCCCACGGUGAUCCGUUGUAAGGUCAAAUCCACCGUUCGCGUGCAGAUCAGCACUCAAGACUCCAACCUAGACCCUAUAAGCUUCUCACUGCUCUUCCCCAGACCACCACAAGCAUCUGUAGGGAAAAGUGAUGGCAUAUUGACCUGGACACCACUCAACAUCCAGCCAGUCUACCUGACCAUCAGAGUUGAUGACCAGCUGUUGAGCUCUCAGUUCACCCCCAUCCUGCAGGUGUGCAACUGCCUCAACGGUGGCACCUGCCAAUAUAACAGCAUAGUGGACAACCAUCUGCAGGGGAGAUUUCUGGUGGUAGGGUGUCUGUGCCCUAAGGGUUUCAGUGGGAAAUUCUGUGGGAAUACCACCGACGUGUGUAAAGGGAAACCUUGCUUCCCAGGAGUGCAGUGCCAGUCCCAGUCUCAAUCCCAGGGAGAGCCAGACCAGUUCACCUGUGGAGAGUGCCCCUCACCCACCAUCUACGGGGACAAGCAGGGAUACAAGUGCUUUGAGAAUGACCUCUGCCUCCCUCCCUUCCCAUUUCCCUGUCACACGAUGGCCGACUGCCUCAGCUCAGGGUACAACUACACCUGCAGGUGCAAGCCUGGCUUUACUGGGGAUGGACGCAACUGCACAGACAUAAAUGAGUGCCUGGACCCAUCGGCCUGUCGUAACGCUAAGUUUGAGUGUGUGAACACGCCAGGGUCCAUCCGAUGCUCCUGUCGCUACCAGAGCACUGAGGAAACCGAUGGCUGUGGGGACUCUGCCAAUCCACCAGGGUUCAAUGUCUUCAACGUGUCCUUGGGCUGGAGGAACCAGGGGUCUGGAGGAGAGGGGCUGAGGCAGCUGGAGGAGAUUCUGUCAAUGGGCUUCCAGAACAAGUUCUACAACGCUGUGAUGAAACGGCCGAUGCAGGGCUCAGGUCUGGAUGAGUACAGGAUCAACGUGUCCAGUGACACACCCCACUGGUACAUCAGAGACUACCUGACCCGCGUCAGUGCUUACUACAGCAUCAAAACCGCUGAAGUUGGAGACUUGGAUGAGUGUAAAUCAAAUGAGGCUGUGUGUAGGCAACCUGCUCUUUGUGCCAACACUUACGGAGGGUACAGGUGUGUGUGUAACGGGACCACCGACGUCGACUACACCCAAUCCUGCAUUUUAGACAUGGGUGGAUUGAACAGGACGGGGAUAGCCGUGGCCCAAAUGGCGGAGGAUAAGAAGCCCCUGAUCCUGGGCCUGGUUUUAGGCAUCGGGAUCCCUGUCCUCCUCCUACUGUCUGCCCUCGCCUGCUUCUGCUGUUCCCGCAAGAAGACCAUCACAGGAGAAAUUCCUCAAUUGUUACCCGAAUAUGUUCAGGAGCAGUACAACCCCCCGCCCUUCAACUACUCGGACCCGGCUCUACACUACAACGUCCACGUCAGCCCGCGCGUCAUCGACGACCUUACACCCAGGAAGCAUCGCAGUACAAACUUCACACACGCUUGACAGCGCUAUUAUGAUUGUACAUGUCAAAAAAAUGUAACAAAGUAAAUAUAUUAUUUGUACUGUAAUAACCAAUCGCUUAAAGCUGAGGGACUUUCAAAGUCAAAUGUAUUUCAGAAAAGAAGAAGUGGACACAGAGAGAAGCUACGCAUAUCUCGUGCUGUGAUUCUGACAAGCACUCCUAGCAAGUACAUGGAAGUAAAGGCUGGACGGCUCUGGGCGAGGGAACUUAAUAAAGCCGUAGACAAACAAACAUGGAGCCAUUCAUGUGCCUUAAGUAUUUCCCAUGUGACACCGAAUGCUUUCUGAUCAUUAUUUUUUUAUCAUAGUUAUUAUAUGCAUGUGUUAAACACAUUUGUAUUAAUAUUACAGCGUGAGCAUUGCCACAUAUUUGUACAUGCAACGGAUUAACACAGAGAAGAUUGUAUUCAUUUGAUUUAUCUGACAACAUGUUGUGGGGUCCUCUUCUUAAACUUCAGUCCAUCAGCUGUUUUACUUUAGAGCUUAAUGUCUACCGCUUUGUGUUGGACUUGUGGUGGAGGGUACUGUAGGGUUCUGAGUCUUGAUGGUUAUGAAGAUACGGAGAACGAAUGAGAAGCACUUGAAUCCAAUUCAAGGUUUCCUUAACGACCGGUCGGUAAGAGUAGUAUACACCGAGCAUAUAAACUUUGUCAUACAUGGGUCUCAAACACCCUUAUAUAAGUUAUGAACGGGCUGUCACCAUUAUCCUGAGUGGAGAGCUCAAAAACAAAACCUCAUAUCGAUCUACAAGACCAGAGAGAGUCAGCAGCGACAGAGAAGUCUCAGUCAGUCGAUGGCUGGGAUGGCGAGGCAUCGGUGAGACGCGUUGUUCACCACAUCCUCCCUCUACUCAAGCCAUGUGGUUCGCUCUUGACUGUCACUCCAUCUUUUGGUAGCUUGAAAUCUUUUUUUUUUUUUAAACGUUCAACUCUGGCUGAAAAUAGUCAUCCAGACCCGAAUCUAUAUAGCUGUUUUAUUUGAUUCUUGUUUGUUCAGCUUUUUCAAACGCUUUGAGACUCAUUAUUUAAUGAAAAGCGCUAUAGAAGUAAAAUCAAUUAUUAUUGUCAUGUACAUUGAAGAGAGAGGAGUCUCCUUUGCCUUAAACCUAUGGAAUACAUGCAAUAUUAAUAAUGAUACAUCUCAAUGUUCUAAAAUAAACUAAAUGCAUGAUC